AGAUACAUAUUUAUUUAACAAAAGAUCAGCAUGGGUUGUCCUCCCAGUAAUAAAACGUUGUCCUCCAUCAAAGCAUCAAAGUCCGACGACGACUUAAUCCUUGUCAGUGAAAGCCUGAGGACCAUUGACCUUAUCGCGGAUAAGUACGUGGACGUCGUUAUCUUAACAUUACUAGGAUUAUUUUUCAUUUCACUAGAAACUUGUGCAUUUCUUGUCAUCCUGAAACAUACAAACUUCCGGCAAGUAAUUAGCCGAUCUUCCUUCUUCAACUUGAAUGUUUCUCUCCUCUUCGUCGUUCUGAGCCCAACUCUCCGUCUAAUCAGGCAACUUAAUCUCGUUCCCCCGGGGGAAUGGAGCUGCGGUUUGUGUGGUGUGGGGAUUCGAAGUCUCGUCUCAAUUUAUCCAUUCUGCAUGGUCGUCAUUUUCUCCGAGUUGACAAAGUCGAGAGAAAGUAAAUCUCUAUCGGGCAGCUUUCUCCUUCUGUUUCCAUGGAUGUCGGCAAUUCUAAUCUCACUUCCAGUAUAUUGGACUUAUAAUUACGACACUGGUUCGCAGAAUGGUGGGACAUGUGCGCGGCAAUGCAGCGGAUCGGAUUUCGUAUGAAAUUUUUAUUCAUAUUCAAGCCGAUACCUACCAACAUUCCGUUGCAUUUGAUCCGACGCGUCCGCUUUGUGUUUUGUCAUAUGAUAUUUUUCAUACUCACCUGGGUACCUGUUGGAACUUUCAAUCUUACCCACAUUCUCACCAGCCUCCCAUCAUCCUGCCCGUUGUGGAGAAGCCGGAUAAAAUCGUGGGCAUCUCUUUCAGCAUCGUGUUUCUCGUGCAGACUAUUUUCCAACCUUUUUUAUAUUUCAUUACCGUGUAUGAUACUCCGUUAUGUGAUUAUCUUCAGAAUAUUAUGUCGGCCUUGGUUUCAGAAGAAAUUGGAGGAGCGAGAGACUGACUUGAUGAAUCCGUAAAGAUCAAGUUAAUUUUUCAUUAAAUUGUUAAACCAUUACGACCAGGAAGAUUUUGUAAAUCAUGUAUUUAUGUAUGUAUAUAUAUUAAAAAAGCAUUUAAUCAUC